GGAGCCGAGCGCGCCGCGUCGCCCGCCGCCGGUGCAGAGCGUGGGGAGCACUCGGCCGCAGCCCUCGCCCGCCGCAGAGGGUCGCGUCCCGCGCCGCCGGCCAGGCCGCCCCGUGCCCGGGCCUUUCCGUCCUUGGAGCGGAUCGUUGCCCGCCUGACGCCCGCCCGCAGCGACAGCGCCCGCCGGAGCCGAGGCCGCGGCGGCGGCCGUGCCCAUGCCCGGGUGUCCACGCUUAGCAGCUUUCUCACCACCGCCAAACCUUGCCUGGGCACCGGGACCGUGGGUGGCCGCCUGUCCCUAGCUGUGGCUGAGCCAAGAUCACACUUGUGAGAAGGCCUGACAGGCAGCAUGGGCGACAUGGCCAAUAGUUCCAUCGAGUUCCACCCCAAGCCCCAGCAGCAGCGGGAUGCCCCCCACGCUGGAGGCUUUGGGUGCACGCUGGCGGAGCUGCGCGCCCUCAUGGAGCUGCGAGGGGCCGAGGCUCUGCAGAAGAUCGAGGAGGCCUACGGGGAUGUCAGCGGGCUCUGCCGGAGGCUGAAGACCUCACCCACAGAGGGCCUGGCGGACAACACCAAUGACCUGGAGAAGCGCAGGCAGAUCUACGGGCAGAACUUCAUCCCCCCAAAGCAACCCAAGACCUUCCUGCAGCUGGUGUGGGAGGCCCUGCAGGACGUGACCCUCAUCAUCCUGGAGGUGGCUGCCAUCGUCUCUCUGGGCCUCUCGUUCUAUGCACCGCCGGGAGAGGAGAGUGAAGCCUGUGGGAAUGUGUCGGGAGGCGCAGAAGAUGAGGGCGAGGCCGAGGCUGGCUGGAUCGAGGGGGCUGCCAUCCUGCUGUCUGUCAUCUGUGUGGUGCUGGUCACGGCCUUCAAUGACUGGAGCAAGGAGAAGCAGUUCCGAGGCCUGCAGAGCCGAAUUGAGCAGGAGCAGAAGUUCACGGUCAUCCGGAACGGGCAGCUCCUCCAGGUCCCCGUGGCUGCGCUGGUGGUGGGGGACAUUGCCCAGGUCAAGUACGGCGACCUGCUGCCAGCCGACGGCGUGCUCAUCCAGGCCAAUGACCUCAAGAUCGACGAGAGCUCCCUGACAGGCGAGUCUGACCACGUGCGCAAGUCAGCCGACAAAGAUCCCAUGCUGCUCUCAGGCACUCACGUCAUGGAAGGCUCUGGAAGAAUGGUGGUGACCGCCGUUGGCGUGAAUUCCCAGACAGGCAUCAUCUUCACGCUGCUUGGAGCUGGCGGAGAGGAGGAAGAGAAGAAAGAUAAGAAAGGCAAGCAGCAGGAUGGGGCCAUGGAGAGUAGCCAGACCAAAGCUAAGAAGCAGGAUGGUGCAGUGGCCAUGGAGAUGCAGCCCCUGAAGAGCGCGGAGGGUGGGGAGAUGGAGGAGCGGGAGAAGAAGAAAGCCAACGCACCCAAGAAGGAGAAGUCUGUCCUUCAGGGGAAGCUCACAAAGCUAGCCGUGCAGAUCGGGAAAGCAGGGCUGGUGAUGUCUGCCAUCACCGUCAUCAUCCUGGUCCUCUACUUUGUGAUCGAGACGUUUGUCGUGGAAGGCCGGACAUGGCUGGCAGAGUGCACGCCGGUCUAUGUGCAAUACUUCGUGAAGUUCUUCAUCAUUGGUGUCACUGUGUUGGUCGUGGCUGUCCCAGAGGGCCUGCCUCUUGCUGUCACCAUCUCCUUAGCUUACUCUGUCAAGAAAAUGAUGAAAGACAACAACCUGGUGCGCCACCUGGAUGCCUGCGAGACCAUGGGCAACGCCACAGCCAUCUGCUCCGACAAGACGGGCACGCUCACCACCAACCGUAUGACCGUGGUCCAGUCCUACCUAGGGGACACCCACUACAAAGAGAUUCCAGCCCCCAGCGCCCUGACCCCUAAGAUCCUCGACCUCCUGGUCCAUGCCAUCUCCAUCAACAGUGCCUAUACCACCAAAAUACUACCUCCUGAGAAGGAAGGCGCCCUCCCACGCCAGGUGGGCAAUAAGACGGAGUGCGCCCUGCUGGGCUUCGUCUUGGACCUGAAGCGGGACUUCCAGCCCGUGCGCGAGCAGAUCCCGGAAGACAAGCUUUACAAAGUGUACACCUUCAACUCGGUCCGCAAGUCCAUGAGCACAGUCAUCCGCAUGCCCGACGGUGGCUUCCGCCUCUUCAGCAAGGGGGCCUCAGAGAUCCUGUUGAAAAAGUGCACCAACAUCUUAAACAGCAAUGGCCAACUCCGAGGCUUUCGGCCUCGGGACCGGGACGACAUGGUGAGGAAGAUCAUCGAGCCGAUGGCUUGCGAUGGCCUCCGCACCAUCUGCAUCGCCUACCGGGACUUCUCUGCAGGCCAGGAGCCCGACUGGGACAACGAGAAUGAGGUCGUGGGUGACCUCACCUGCAUAGCUGUCGUGGGCAUUGAGGACCCUGUGCGGCCCGAGGUCCCUGAAGCUAUCCGAAAAUGCCAGCGUGCUGGCAUCACGGUCCGCAUGGUGACUGGGGACAACAUCAACACAGCCCGGGCCAUCGCAGCCAAAUGUGGCAUCAUCCAGCCUGGGGAGGACUUCCUGUGCCUGGAAGGGAAGGAGUUCAACCGGCGGAUCCGCAAUGAGAAAGGCGAGAUAGAACAGGAGCGGCUGGACAAGGUGUGGCCCAAGCUGAGGGUGCUGGCCCGGUCGUCUCCCACCGACAAGCACACACUGGUCAAAGGGAUUAUCGACAGCACCACUGGCGAGCAGCGGCAGGUGGUGGCUGUGACAGGGGAUGGCACCAACGAUGGGCCGGCCCUCAAGAAGGCGGACGUGGGCUUCGCCAUGGGCAUCGCAGGGACUGAUGUGGCCAAGGAGGCCUCCGACAUCAUCCUGACCGAUGACAACUUCACCAGCAUUGUCAAGGCAGUCAUGUGGGGCCGUAACGUCUAUGACAGCAUCUCCAAGUUCCUGCAGUUUCAACUGACGGUCAAUGUGGUGGCCGUGAUUGUGGCCUUCACAGGCGCCUGCAUUACUCAGGACUCUCCUCUCAAAGCCGUGCAGAUGUUGUGGGUGAACUUGAUCAUGGACACGUUUGCCUCGCUGGCCCUGGCAACGGAGCCACCCACGGAGUCGCUGCUGCUGCGGAAGCCGUACGGCCGCGACAAGCCCCUCAUCUCCCGCACCAUGAUGAAGAACAUUCUGGGCCACGCCGUGUACCAGCUCGCCAUCAUCUUCACCCUGCUGUUUGUCGGGGAGCUCUUCUUCGACAUCGACAGCGGGAGGAACGCGCCGCUGCACUCGCCACCCUCAGAGCACUACACCAUCGUGUUCAACACCUUCGUCAUGAUGCAGCUCUUUAACGAGAUCAACGCCCGCAAGAUCCACGGCGAGAGGAAUGUGUUCGACGGCAUCUUCAGCAACCCCAUCUUCUGCACCAUCGUUUUGGGCACUUUCGGGAUUCAGAUUGUCAUCGUCCAGUUCGGCGGGAAGCCCUUCAGCUGCUCCCCACUAUCCACGGAACAGUGGCUCUGGUGCCUGUUUGUUGGCGUUGGGGAGCUGGUCUGGGGACAGGUCAUUGCCACCAUCCCCACCAGCCAGCUGAAGUGCCUGAAGGAAGCUGGGCACGGGCCCGGGAAGGACGAGAUGACCGACGAGGAGCUGGCCGACGGCGACGAAGAGAUCGACCACGCAGAGCGGGAGCUCCGCAGGGGCCAGAUCCUCUGGUUCCGGGGCCUGAACCGGAUUCAGACGCAGAUGGAGGUAGUGAGUACCUUCAAGAGAAGCGGUUCAGUUCAGGGUGCUGUGCGCCGGCGGUCUUCGGUCCUCAGCCAGCUUCAUGACGUAACCAAUCUUUCUACCCCUACUCACGCAAUUCUCUCUGCUGCCAAUCCCACCAGUGCUGCUGGGACCCUGCACUGCAAACUCCAGCACUUGAAGGCUAACCAGGGGCACGUCUCCCCAUGCACAUGGCGGGCACCUCCACUCCAGCUGGCCGGCAGUGGCAUCGCACAUGGUACUCCACACCUGCACCCCUUCCGCUUUGGCUCAGUGUGGCCAGGGAUGGGCCUUGUCAGUCUGCAGCGUCACCCGCCCUGUAUCCGGGUGGUGAAAGCGUUCCGUAGCUCGCUGUAUGAAGGCCUGGAGAAACCAGAAUCCAAGACCUCCAUUCACAACUUCAUGGCCACGCCCGAGUUUCUGAUCAAUGACUACACCCACAACAUCCCACUCAUCGACGACACGGACGUGGAUGAGAACGAGGAGCGCCUCCGGGCCCCCCCGCCCCCGUCCCCCAACCAGAACAACAACGCCAUAGACAGCGGCAUCUACCUGACCACGCAUGUCACCAAGUCAGCUACCUCUUCAGUGUUUUCCUCCAGUCCCGGGAGCCCGCUCCACAGCGUGGAGACGUCCCUCUAACAAGAACUUGUCUCAGCACACGCGCACACGCACACGCGGACUCCCACGAAGUCACACGCGCACACGCACACUCGGACUCACAGGAAGUCACACGCACACAUGCACGCACACACACAUAUGGGGACCUGCACACCUGCAAAACGAGGGAACAACUAAAGUGGCUGAAGACCUUUCUGGCAGGGCAUUUGCAAGGACCCAAAUCCAUUCAACAAGGGUGCAGCCUGUCACAGGGACUCCUCAUCCAGACCCAGGAAGACAAGGACAGGGAGGAGGAAAAGGAGGACAAGAAGGGGGAGAAGAAGGUUUUUCAUCCAAAGGAGGAAGGAGAAGAAGUAGAAAGUGCGAAGAGCUGAGUUCCCCACCUUUUUUUCUACUGAUGCUUCUUUUUUAACAAACUACAGUUUUACCGUGUGUUUGCCGUUUGGGCUGUGUGGUGGGCAGGGGGCUGGUUUGGGUUUAUGGGGAGCUUUUGUUGCACCCAUGCAGGGGCAAUCAGAUCAGCAUAUUCAUGCAAAAAAAAAAAAAAAAAAAAGUUGAGUGCUCUGCAGGGCUGUGAAGGGUGCCACCUGAGGGAGCCGCCUGCAAGCGGCCCUGCAGCCACAAAGCAAUCCGCCCCCUGCAAAAACUAGGCACAUCUGCAGUGUGCAUGUGUGUGCGUGCAUGCACAUAUAUGUAUGUGUGUGGAUCUGUACACACGCACAUAUAUAUGGCCAGAUGCAUAUUUCAAUAAGGAACUAUUUACCGGCAUGAUACUUGCAUUCCUCUUAUCAGGCAUUUUCAUUUGGAAAUUUCAUUAUUGAAUGUAGCAAGGUUUGUUUUUUUUUUUUGUUUUUUGUUUUUUGUUUUUUGUUUUUUUUUCAGGGAACUAGACUGCAAGAAUAUCUUUCUGGUCAAUCCAUUUUUGUCCCUCAUCACCCCGCCCCCACCCUUCGCUCCUACCCUCUGCCCGGCCCUAUCGAGAUUCCCAAGGAGAAGGCUGAGAGGGGAUGCUCCAGGUCUGGAGCAGGUAUAAUUGCAGCAUUUGCACUGAGACCCCUGCCAGAGAGGAGAAAACCCUUUCAAUGGAAAUUUUAAUCUAAAAGGAAAAAAACAAAAUAUUGAUGAGAAGAAGUCCUCCAGCUACUGAAAGGGGAGUUUCGUUUUCAGCUUUCUUUGGUUUCUACUCCAAUUCCACAUCCUUCAUCCUGACCACGCCCCCAACUUCAAGAGCACGAAGCACUCUUGGAGUUGUGGGUCCUGCCCAGACUCCAGAGAGCAGCCUCAGCUGAGCACAGGUCCGAGGGGGCGGGGGCGGGGCCAAGAGUUCAAAAGAAGCCAAUGGAGGGAGAGGGAGCAUCAGAAGCCCGGAGGAGCUGGCGGUGGGAGAAUGACGGCAGGGACGCAGCCACAGUUCAGACCCUGUCCCCUCAGCACCUGGAUGGACUCCCACUGUUUGCUUUGGCAAAUGCUGAGGAGUUCUCAGUAGACCACCUCGAUGUCUGCUGUGACACCAGAGGCGCCACCACCAAAGCCCUCUUCCCACCCUAGUCUUUGUGUCCAGAGGCCAAGCUUAAGCCAUGAAGGCAUGGAUUUGUGGCUCAGCACCAGGUCCUGAGGGGAGCCUAUCCUGGCAGUGUGGGCACCUGGUGGCCAAGCCUCAGUUUCCCCCAAAUAAGCAAAGGGGAUGAAGAGGGGCUCGACUUUUGCCACCCUCCUGAGGAAGCCCCUAGGUCCACACAGUGAUGCCAUGGGGGACCCUUGCCUUCCACACUUGCAGGUGUUAACGUUUUGCAGGGAGGUGUUUGGGCCUGGGGCUCAGCCGCUGGGAGACAGUUGGGACCUGAGGGACAGAGGAUCGGAAUGGAAGCCACCAACGUGCACUGGCACCCUCAGAAGGCUUGUCUCACCUCCACUGGCAUCCACACAAAACCAAACAGGAGCAGGCGUCAUCCCCACUAUUCCCAUGAAUGCCAUCUCACCCCUGAGCAGGAGCAGUCAAAUCUCGGGCAAAAGAAUUUCGGUUAGAAAAGAAAAUCCCACUUUAAAAUGCCAGCUGCAGAUAACUCAAAGCCAUCCCUUUUUUCUAAAGGGCACAUUGAGAAUGUCACCCAUUUGUAAACUGUUCCCUGAUGUCCUUGUUUAAACGAUAAUAAGAAAAAGGGCAACUCCAUUUGUUGAGGGUCUUUGUGUUCUUCAACGAGAAAUCAAAUUUGAGACGUUGAAAUUGGAGCUGCGUGCUGCUGCGCUCACCGGCUUCUUCUCACUCUCUGUCGUAGACACACCGAUAGGACCAAUGGCCAAUAGAUAUUAAAAGCAAACCCUCACUGCUGCUGUAUAAAGUUGCCUAAUGUAAACGUUGAUUGUUUAGUCCCUGGGUCACCUUUGUGCUGUGGUGUGGAGUUCAGAAACAGGGUACCAUGACCUGGAAUCUUUUGCUCUUGUUUUUGCAGUCUUCAGGCUGGGGGCCCUGUCUCAUUGGGAAGCCCCUCUUUAUAAAGCAUUAUAUUACCUGGAAUGGCUUGGUCAACUGUGUUCAGUUCAUAAAUGUUUUACAUUUUUAUCUGCCUGUUAUAAAGAUGAACAAAAAAACUUGAGAAAGAUCACAGAUACAUAAUGAAGUCUGUAGUUUAAUUUCCUAACUUAAAGAAUAGACCAAAAUUUCUGUGUAUAAAAAAAAAUGAAAGGCUCCUUACACCUUG